AUGGCGACGCCUGCGUCUGGCACGCUGUACUCAAUCCCCUUCUCGCACUACUGCGAGUUGGCGCGCUGGUCACUUCAAGUUGCAAAGAUCCCCUUCGAGGAGUGGUCAUACCUGCCGGGCUUGCACGCUAUGGCGGGGCCCAUGGCACGGAUACGGGAAAACGCUGCGGAGAAAGGCACUGGCAAGGGGCCAGGCACGCCCUUGUUCCAAGAUGCAGAGGGCAAGGUCUACGACGACUCGUGGCAGAUUCUGAAGCUGGCUAAGCUGGGCGACAUACCCGAGGAUAUUUUCCAGAUCCUGAACUUCACCAUUGGGCCACGAUCGCGGGCCGUCAUCUAUGCUGAUCUCUUGAAGACGGAGAUGGAUGACGCCUUCUACAAAAUCGGCGUGGAGUGCCCGGUCUCCUGGUGGCAGCGCUGGCUUUGGAGCUUCAGCGGCUUCCGGCGGAAGGUGGCCAGCAAGAUGUGGGAGACGAUGGUGGGCGACGAGGCGAAACAAGCCAAGACGCUGGCAGAUUUUGAAGAAGGCAUUCAGAAGCUGGAAGCUGAGCUUGCAAAGCCUGACGGCUGCUUCAAGGGCGCGCCGGCGCAGCUCAACGCGGCCUCGUUGGCUUUAGCAGCGCUCUUCGCGCCGGCGGUCUGUUCGCCGGACUACACAGGAGGCUUUGUGCCACCCAUCUUGCUGGAGGUCUUCUCUACGCCGCAGCAGCAACUCGGCAGCGCAUCCAAGCAUGGCGAGACCGUCCUCUUGGAAAGUUUGUCCUGGAAGUUUAUCGUCUUCAUCGUUGCGCCGGGCAGGCUGAGCUGUCGGGGCAAGAUGCCGCGGGUCUUUGUGCUGGGCUAUGUGAACAAGGUCAUGUUCCACUUCGAAGAGACGGUGGGGAUCCUGACUUUGCUGCCCAACAUGGCCCUGGUGAAGUUGCCCUGCGUUUUCUUCAAGGUCUACAUGUUCGUGUUUCUACAGCAGUCCGGGCUCUUGAUGGUGAGCCUUUUGUGGGACGUGAUCCUAAAUCUGGUCAAGGCCUACAACGUUGUUAGCCACGUCCGGACCGCCAGCGCAUACAAACAUUGGCUAGCGCAUCCUCAAGCAGAUAUGUCGCGGGCUGCAAGGACGGUGAGAGAAAAGAUCCUCAAGAAGCACUUCUUCUUCCAUGAGUCAGAAGAUCAGCCUGGCUGCUUAGAGGAUCCUGGCCUCAUCGGGUGGUUUUGGCAACUCUUCGGGCGCUGGAGCGAGGAACAGCGGAGCCGGACUGGCUACCUCGGCCGGUGGACUCACCCGGUUCCAACCCCGAGCAAGGAGUCCAACCAGUCCGAGCGUCAGGUGUCAGUCGACUCCUCGCACUCGCAACCCUGCCCCAGUCCAUCGAGCCCCGGCUCGCCCACAGCCUGGGUGGAGCGGACCAUGCACCUCAACUCCGCCAAGUCCAUGCUGCGGUGCAGGCCAGGGGAGGAGAUUGGCAGGAAGAUCAUCUUCAGCAGUGGCACCCCCAACAUCUCCGCUGCCGUGGUGGAGGCGCUGUCACUGGUGGACCCUGACACGCAGAAGGCAGCCCUGGGCUCCCGUCGCGCCUUCGACGGAUUCCACAGAGGAUCAGACGGGCAUGCCAAGUGGUUUUUGCAGAAGACCCUGCUGGAGCAUGACAAGUCCAUGGACCAUCCCUGGAUGCAGAUGAUUUACAAGCAGGUGUUUAGCUUGAAGCAGUACGCCGCAUGGCUUGCUCUCAAUCGCGCAGUCUUCCAGGCGCUGGAAGCGAAGAUUGACGCCCAGUCGAAGCCUUUGAGCGUGGUGCACGAGGUUUCGCUGUGCCGCCUGGAGGCUUUGCAGAUGGACCUGAAACGAUUCCUGGGCGAGAGCUGGCAAGAGGAGGCGGAGAAGAUCAGCGCCGACUCGAAGGCCACGCAGCGCUACUUGCAGUCUUUCGAGAAGGACGCGGAGCAUCCCUUCGCGCUGCUGGCCCACCACUUCCUCCAGUACAACGCGGUGCUGAGUGGUGGCUCCUACCUGGGGGAGAUGGUUUGCCAGAAGCUCUGCGUGCCCAAAGGCGCCCCAGGGGUGAAGUUCUACGCCUUCCAAAACGUGGAGCCCGGCAAGGAGCCCGCCAGAGUACAGCAGUACCUCAAGGACUUCGACCGCCUGGAGAUCGAUGAGGACACGCGGCAGAUGAUGCUGCGGGUGAUGAAGCGCGUCUAUGGGGAUACGGAGGCCAUGAUGCAAGAGGUGUUCGAUCUGAACCCGGCGAAGGGCGCUAGCUACAAGCAGUCGCAGGCCGAAGGUCCAGGGGAGCGACCCAAGGCCUGCGAGGAGCAGCUGGAGAUCAACUUGCAGGAGUUGAGCCAGUUGAAGGGCGAGGACGGGGGCCGCAUCCUGAUCUCGCUGGCCGGGGAACUGCUGGAUGUGAGCGCUGGCCGCGAGAUGUAUGGCCCCGGCGGCGGGUACUCCGUGCUGGCCGGCCAUGAUGUGACGCGGUGCCUAGCGACCAUGAGCCUGGACCCUGAGGACUUGGAUGACCUCAGGUGGACCCCGGAUUCCGCAGAGGACGAGGAGGCGCUCAAAAACUGGCGGGAGCGGCUGAAGGAAAAGUACCCCUUGGCAGGGAAGCUGUGCAGCGACGGCGCCGGUGAGGAAGCAGGGGGCUUGAGAAAGCGCUCUGUGGCAAGCGCCGGCAAGUCCGAGCCUGCAGCUGCAAAUGGAUCGGAGGCGAAGGAUGGGGACCGGUGCCCCAUCUCCGGAAAGCAGGGCACCUGCCCCAUGGCCUCCAUUAUGGGCAUCACCAAGACAGAGAAGGAGCCGGCGCAAGGUGCGGCUUCCAACAGCAACUUCAUGAAGGGCAAGAGCUUGGUCGCGAGCGUCCAGAAGAAGCCGGUUGAGGAAUCGCUGCUCUUCAGACUUUGCCCUUUGCACUGGGAUGACAAGACCGUCAAGAUGGUCGUGAUGAUCGCAGUGGCGUCCUGGAUGAGCGGGGUCUUUGUGGGCUGGAACCUGCGGAAGAUGAUUGCCCGCUAA